UCCAUUUGCUUAGAUAACUGGCUCAAGCUCCUCUCCCGCCUUGGCUUCAAGGACUGUAAGGUCGUCCGACGCCACUACUACGACCACCGCCACCUCUGCCGUGGAAGGUGGCGCGUGUGCCUGUAGCUCGGCAACUCUUGCUUCCUGUGUUGGCGAUUACUGACGACGGAAGGAGAGGUAAUCGAUUAUGGGUCAGGGGCUGAGUUGCGGGCAACACCAUGAAAAUGCUCUGUUUGCUGCUGUUGCGGGCGGAGCCUUGGAGGUAGUUGAAGCUAUGAUAGAGGAAGACCCUGCAGUUCUUGAAGAGACUUCCGGUCAUGCUAAGCUUUCCCCUCUCCAUGCAGCUGCCGCCAGCGGUCGGAUCGAGGUACUUUCCAUGUUAUUGGACCGUUCUGUUAAUGUCGACAUCCUCAAUCGCUAUAAACAGACACCGUUGAUUUUGGCCGUGAUGCAUGGAAACACUAGUUGUGCGGAAAAGCUUAUUCAAGCUGGAGCUAAUAUAUUGAUGUUUGAUUCUUUACGUGGUCGAACCUGCCUUCACCAUGCCGCUUAUUAUGGCCACAUAGAUUGCCUGAAGGCUAUUCUUUCUGCUGCCCGUUCCUCACCAAUUGCAAACUCAUGGGGGUUUGCAAGAUUUGUUAACAUAAGAGAUAGAAAUGGCGCCACUCCACUGCAUCUUGCAGCCCGUCAAAGACAGCCUGAAUGUCUUCGUGCUCUUUUAGACAAUGGGGCUCUUGUUUGUUCAUCACCUGGUGGAUAUGGUUAUGCAGGGAGCACACCACUUCAUUUGGCUGCUCGUAGUGGUUCUUUGGAUUGUGUUCGAAUCUUGCUUGCUUGGGGAGCUGAUAGGCUUCAACUAGAUUCCUCUGGGAGAAUACCGUUCACAGUUGCCUUGAAGCACAAGCAUAAGGCAUGUGCUGUCCUGCUGGACCCUUCAUCAGCAGCACCACUUGUUUGGCCAUCCCCAUUGAAGUUCAUCAGUGAGCUCAAUGAGGAAGCAAAAGCCUUACUGGAAAAGGCCUUGAUGGAAGCUAACAGGGAGAGGGAAAAGACCCUACUGAAGGAGGGAGACAUUCCCUCAUCUCCCUUGCAUUCUGAUGGUGAAGAUGAUGAUAUUGACUCUGAGGCCAGCAGCAGUCUCGAAUUAUGUUGUAUAUGCUUUGACCAAGUAUGCACAAUUGAGGUCAGACCAUGUGGUCAUCAAAUGUGUGCUCAUUGCACCCUAGCAUUAUGCUGUCACAAGAAGCUCGAUCCAGGAGCUGCUUGCUCUACGGGACCAGCAUGCCCUUUUUGCCGAGGAGCUAUCCAUGAAUUAAUUGUUGCUCAGAUCAAGGAUAGCAGUGAUGCAGAAGUUGAGUCUAGUCCCACGGCAAAGCCCAGGAGAUCAAGAAUAUCAAAUUUCAGUGAAGGAAGCAGCAGCUUCAAGGGUUUGUCAGCUAUGGGUUCAUUCGGGAGGAUUGGAGGUCGCAACUCAGGAAAGAUUACUGAAAAGUAAUGAGGCAAUUAUUGAGUCUUGCUGCAGUUCUUUACUUCCGAGCCAGUCAGGAAACUGAUAUAAUGGUGAUUUUACCCAUCCUUGGAAUAGCUACCUAUAUGGAUAUAGUAUUUGAGGUCAAUUUUUUUGUUUUUUUGGGGUAACAGAGUGAAGGAUCGCAAGAUCGUGAGCGACAAUAGGUGGCUUAAAUUCUUAAAUCCCUGUUUGAGGUUUUGUAAUCUGCUUCUCAGUUGAUUGGACUUGGAGAUCAAGACCUUUGUGUUUGCUAUCAAAUAUCAAAUAUAGUAUUUCAUGAGAUAAAGGUACUUCUCUUUGAUGCUUGAUUAUGAUUA